AUGAUGACGCUGUGUGAAAAAUUUCAUUCUGCAAUUUUACCAGUUGAUGAUCAAAUACACGAUCCAGCCAGCUCAGCGCUAGUAAUUGAUGGUGGUCAGCUAUUACAACAAUCUUCAACACGUAAAUCGGAAAAACCAAUAAAAUAUUAUGCUUCGGAAUUCAUUAGUCGCUUUAUUAGAAGUCAACUUAACCAUCAUAGCCGAAUUGAUAUUAUUUUUGAUACAGCUAAUAGUAAACAAUUGAAAAGAUUUAUUGAACGUCACAGUAGUCGUUCAGUACAAUAUAUUAUGAACGAGGAUUCUAUUUUACCAACUGGAGAAAAAUAUAACAAGUUGUUGCAAUCAAAUCGUACUGUGAUAGCAGCAGUCGUACGUGAUUCAUGA